AUGGCCCAGGUCGAAAAAGAGCUUCAGGAGACCCUGGCCACCAAGGACGCUGAAAUCAAAGAAGCUGAUGAAAAGGCGUACACUCAAGACUCACCAUUGAGGAAAGCCGAUGCCAUCCCUCUUCCAUUCCCUCCAGCUCAAUCUUCAAGUCAAGAUAUCGGCGAAUUUGAAUCCGAGGAAAAUGAUGAGGAUGAGGAUCAGGCCUUGGUUGAGGAGGUUCCCAAGGAAGUGAUUCCUCCAAAGGUAUCAUCAGAUUCACUUCUUACUGAUAAGAGUAUUGAUGGGACCCUUGCCCAAUUUGAUGCCGAGAUCACGGCGAAGAAGGCGGCUGAGAUUCCUAUAUCUAAUGAAUUAGUUACAAAUGAAUCAGAAGUGCGAGCUCCUAAUAUUGUACCACCAACUUCAAGUAGAGCACAUCCACCUGGUAGUACAUUUACCACACGUUCUAGAAGGAGAAAAAUUUCUGAUCGCUCAAACUUUGGUGGAAGAACAGUAACAUGCUCUAGAUGUCAAGCAAUGAUGUGGAUGGAGGAAAAAGUAAGAGAUAGUCCAUUGAGUCGACCAAAAUUUAGUCUAUGUUGUCAAAGUGGACAAGUGAUGUUGCCUUUAUUGCCAGAAACUCCUGAAUUUUUACUACAACAGUUUACUCAUGUGAGAUUCAGGGAACACAUAAGGACAUAUAACUCCCUAUUAUCCUUCACGUCCAUAGGUGGGAAAAUUGAUCAGUCAGUGUUAGAUGGAAGGGGUCCUUAUGUUUUUCGUAUUAGUGGAGCAAAUUUUCAUAAAAUUGGUUCUUUACUACUGGAACCUGAAACAAGGCCUAAAUUUGCACAACUCUAUAUUUAUGACACUGAGCAUGAAAUUCACAAGAGAAUGGACGUUAUGAAUAGGUGUGGUGGCACAUCGGGAAUUGAUACGUCCACAUUAGAAGGUUUACAGUCAAUGUUGAAUGUCAUCAAUCCAUAUGUAUCAAUUUUUCGCACUGCUCGAGACAUGAUUCGUGAGAAUGGUGCUCAAGAAUUGCAUAUUCGCAUUUUGAGUUCGAGGGAUGGGAGACAGUACACUAGACCCACUACAACUGAAAUUGCUGCAUUAAUUGUUGGUGAUGGGUCUGAAAGCACUACAAAUCGUGACAUAAUUGUUAGAAAAUUAGAUGGACAUUUUCAAAGGAUUAAUGAAACACAUCCUUCAUACAUGCCACUUCAAUAUCUAUUACUUUUUCCCUAUGGGAUUGAUGAAUGGAGAAGGUCUAUAAGUUUUACUCUGGGUACAAACAACAAACGAGAAGGAGUGUCAAUGAGAGAGUUUUAUGCAUUUAGACUUCAAUUUCGAGUUGGAGAAGGGAAAACGCUAUUGCAAGGGGGACGUUUGUUCCAACAAUUUGUUGUUGAUUGUUAUGCAGCUAUUGAGCAAGAUAGACUAAACUUCAGUAGGCAUAAACAGAAUGUGUUGUGGAUUGAUUUGUACAGAGGUUUAGAAAAUGCUGUGACUGUGGGUGACAGUGAUGUAUCAGCCAUUGCUAGGAGAUUUAUACUGCCAUCAUCUUUUACAGGCGGCCCACGAUUAUGGUUCAGCAUUACCAAGAUGCGAUCGCAAUAUGUCGAAAGAUGGGAUUUCCUGACCUUUUUGUCACAUUCGCAUGUAACCCAAAUUGAUAUUCACGUCAUCGAAUUUCAAAAGCGAGGAUUACCGCAUUCGCACAUUAUCUUGACAUUAUCAGCAGAUGACAAGAUAAAAUCGCCAGAGGAAAUUGAUGAUAUAAUUUGUGCUGAAAUUCCUGAUAAGGAUGAGGAUCUAUUAGCAUUUCAAACAGUGAUGAGGUGCAUGAUACAUGGUCCCUAUGGCAAUGCUAACCCUAAUGCCCCUUGUAUGGUGAAUAGAAAAUGUUCAAAACAUUAUCCGAAGAAUUUUUGCAGUGAAACGAGUAUUGAUGAAAAUGGAUUUGCUAUCUAUAGACGAAGGGAUACAAAGAAAAAAUACAUGGUUAAUGGAUUUGAAAUUGACAACAUAUGGGUUAUUCCAUACAACCGUGAUCUUAUUGUACUGUAUAAUGCCCAUAUCAAUAUUGAGCAUUAUGCACACAUCAAAUUGAUCAAGUACUUAUAUAAGUACAUACAUAAAGGUCCUGAUCGUGCAACGGUUGUAAUUGAAGAUAAUGUUAAUCGACUUAACAUCAAUGGACAAAGUCGGUAUAGAGAGGCUGAUGAGGUAAAACAAUACUUAGAUUGUCGAUAUAUCUCCGCAAUUGAAAGUUGCUGGUGUAUAUUUGAGUUUGAAUUGCAAAAGAAAUACCCUUCAGUUGAACGGUUGCAGUACCAUCUACCUGGGGAACAAUCUAUUCUAUUUAGAGACACAGAUAACAUUCCGUCAAUUAUUAAUCAGCCGGGGGUUCACGAGACAAUGUUUACAAGGUGGUUUCAAGCAAACAGAGAUCAUGUAGAGGCAAAUACAUUAACAUAUGAAGAGUUUCCUAGCUCAUGGGUUUGGAACCAGAAACAGAAGAAAUGGAAAAUGAGGCAACAACAAAUAUGCAUAGGUAGAUUGUAUUAUGCACAUCCUAAUUCUGGUGAACGACAUUAUUUACGUAUGCUGCUUACCAAGGACACAGCUUUAACAGAAGCCUCAACAUGGGCAUCAGGUGCUCAACUGCGAAAUAUGUUUUGCUCAAUGCUAAUGUUUUCUGAGGUUACAAAUGCAUAUGAAUUGUGGGAGAAUCAUUGGUUUGACCUUACUCAUGAUUUACAAAAUAGGGUACAAAGGCAAAUUGGGGAUGGCAACAUAAGUCUCGAAGAAUGUGAAUUGAAAAAUUUAGGAUUGCUUGAAGUUGAGCACAUACUAAAUCAGAAUGGAAGGUCUCUUAAAGAGUUUCCUCCGAUGCCACUACCAUCAUAUCGAUCAGGUCAAAUGGUUACUAAUAGGCUCAUAUGGAAGGAAUUGAACUACAAUAGCAUUUCAGAAAUGCAAUCUUUCGAAUCUUUAUAUGUGGGAUUGAAUGAUGACCAAUUGAAAGUGUUUAACACCAUAAUGGAAGCUUAUUCCACUCAUCAUGGGGGCUUUUUUUUUGUGUUAUAG